AUGGUCAUGAUCAUCACAAACCAAACUCACACACAUACACUGAAGCCGGUGCAGUAGAAGAAGAGCUCGUUUCACUUGUUCUUAAUAGAUGGUAUUACAUUUUUACCUUUUAUACAUUACGUUAACAAGUUAAGUUUAUAAAAUAAUAUUCGGGAAAAAGAGAGAUGUCCCGACCGCUCAUCAUGAAUCCGGUUUUCCUGCCUCCGCAAACUAACGGCGUUUUGAAGGCACUCCUGGAGAAACCUAUGAAACUUCCUCUGCGCCAAGAUGAAGACUAUGUGAAGGAGAGAGAUAAAAUUAAAAGCCUGGAGGAUGAGGGAUGUGCUCCACAAUCUGCUUUCCUGGGGCCAACGCUUUGGGAUAAAACGUUGUCUUAUGAUGGGGAUAACUUUCAGUUGGAGUACAUGGACCUUGAGGAGUUUCUGUCUGAAAAUGGUAUCCCUUCAAGCCCUGCACAACAUGACCCAAGCAUCCAUCGCCAGCAACAACAACAACAACAGCAGCAGCAACAGCAGGCUUCAAUACAACAGGGCCCCAUCUCAGUCAUGGAUCUCAGUAGUCGGGCCAUCAACUCCAUCCACACAGGCAUGGUUCCUCAGGAUUGCCUUCACAGCCCAGGUAGACCAGCUUUGCCUUCACGUGAUACGCCAAGUCCGAUAGACCCGGAGACCAUUCAGAUACCAGUGAGCUAUGAGCCGGAUCCAGCAGACCUCGCACUCUCCAGCGUACCUGGCCAGGAGAUGUUCGACCCACGAAAGCACAAGUUCUCCGAAGACGAGCUCAAACCUCAACCUAUGAUCAAGAAAGCACGCAAGAUCUUCAUUCCUGAUGAAAUGAAGCAGGAUGAAAAAUACUGGUCACGACGCAGAAAGAACAACAUGGCCGCCAAGAGGUCACGGGACGCUCGGCGACUCAAAGAAAAUCAGAUUGCCAUCCGGGCUGGUUUCCUAGAGAAAGAAAACAUGGCUCUUCGGCAGGAAGUUGCCGACUUACGGAAAGAGCUGGGGCGCUGCAAAAACAUCUUAACAAAGUAUGAAACUCAGCACGGCCCUCUGUGAUGAUCUGGGGCGUAUGAGGUUCCUGCAUCCCUGGCCUUUCCAGUCUGAAGGACAAUAUUGUUGGGUUAAGGUCCUGCUUUUCAGCCAGCCCACACACCACAAUCUGUUCCUGGCACUUUAGAAGGCAUUUUAUGUUUAUUUGAUAUGUCUUUUAGAGAACUACCCACUCUAUUACUUGUUAUUGCAAACAAACCCAUCAUAGUUUGCUCUUUGUGUUACUAAAUUCAUUAUAGUGUGUUAUAACACAAACAUUUUGCCUUGAUUUGUUGUAAUUUAUCAAUUUUUAUGUGAUGGAAACAGAGUUGGCAAAUCAUCUGCUAUUGUCUCAAAUCCAUAAUGUUAUCUGCUGUAUGAAGUACUGUGCAUUAUGGGUUCGGGCGUGUAAAGUUUUGUGUUUCUGUAAAGAUGUUAUUCUCACAGACAGAACAGAAUGUAGCAAGUUUAAAAAUGAGAGUUUUCAUUUAUAGAGUAAAACAGGCCAUUUUAGAUACUUAAAUAUCAAACUCUGAAUGUCCGUAUGAGAGCACACUCUUAAAAAUAAAGGUGCUUAAAAGGUUCUUCACAGUGAUGUCAUUUUUGGUUCCUCAAAGAACAAUUCAGUCAAAGGUUCUUUGAAGAACCAUUUCUUUCUUACCUUAUAACCUGAAGAACCUUUUAUCACCACAAAAAACGUUAUUUAUUAAUUGUUAUUACAAUGGUCACCUUAAUUAUUAAUUCAUAAUUAUUUUUCAUUGUAUGAGCUUGUAUGAAGUCAGAGUUAUUGUUCAGUGAAAUGAUCCAGUGUACGCUGAUUUUCUUUCUGAAACUGAAAGUGGAUUGUGUGGUACAGUAAGUGAAUACUGGCGAACUGUACUAUGAUAAUCUAAUUAUGAGAUUUGAUUUCAAUUCUUGAAAUGACCUUACUCAGUUAAUAUUAAUAGAUUUCUAGGUUAUGUUUUCACACAAUGUUCUUUACAUUAAGAAAGAUGAUUUUAUGGACAAAACACUAAAUCACAAAAAAAUUCACAGGCAGGUUAACAUUUUUUGCAUUCUUUAGAAUUGAAACUGUGAUGAAAAGAAAGCACAUUGAACAAGGUUUUAAAAUCUUGACACCUUAACGCAAGUCAUUGCUGACACAAGGUGAGAUGAACUUGUAUGUUGAGUAUAUUGAAACAGAUGAUGAUGUGUUGCCUUUUGCUGGUCAGUUGUAAAAUGAAUGUAAGUACAGUGUAUUUAAUGUCUAUUGCUUUAUUACGACCAAAUGAUAUAAAAUACAAUAAGGUUUUAUUGUUAUAUUGAAAUUAAAUGUUUUUACAAAGUUA